ACAAUCCCACAACCCAAGAAGCCACAAGAAAGCAGCAGCAGCACCGCACGGACCUGACCUCCAACUACAAGCGACGAUCCAGGCUCCAGAGCCCCACGCAAGGCCGGAAGGAGACAGGCAGCAGCCCGGCAGAGCAGCUAAGCCAUGGCGGUGGACCUCAUGUCCUGCGGCGGCGGGGCGUACGAGCAACUGGCGUUCCAGGAGGCAGCCGCGGCGGGGCUCCGCAGCCUGGAGUUGCUCGCUUCCUCGCUCUCCCCGUGCGGCGCGGGGCGGGCGGAGUCGCCGCCGCUCGGGCAGAUCGCCGACCAGGCGGUGUCCCGGUUCCGGCGCGUCAUCAACCUGCUGGACCGCACGGGGCACGCCCGCUUCCGCCGCGCGCCCGCCGUCGCCGCGGUGGAGCCCAUAGAGACGGAGACGCCAGCGUCACAGCAGGCGGCGGCGGAGCCGCCUCAUCAGGCUCAGAACAAAGCCCUGACGCUGGACUUCGCCAAGUCUGUCCCGCCGGCAGCGAACAAGAAGGCCCCGCGGGCGCCGGCCGUGUCCGCGACUUCGACCUCGUUCCUGUCGUCCGUGACCGCGGGCGGCGAAGGGAGCGUGUCCAAGGGGUGCAGCCUCGCCGCCGUGUCCUCGGGCAAGCCGCCUCUCCCGAAGCGCACGUCGCCGUGCCCCGCCGCUGCUCCGCCGGGGGCGCACCACGCCGAGUCCGGCGCUGGAGGUUGCCACUGCUCGAAGAAGAAGCGCAGCCGGCAGGGCCUGUCCCGGCGCACGGUGCGCCUACCCGCGGCCGCGGCAACGCCGGGGUCGCAGCCGCCCGGCCACGUGCCGGCGUCGUCGGACGUACCCCACGACGAGUACUCGUGGCGCAAGUACGGGCAGAAGCCCAUCAAGGGGUCCCCUUACCCGCGCGGCUACUACCGGUGCAGCAGCGCCAAGGGUUGCCCCGCGCGGAAGCACGUGGAGCGCGCCGCCGACGACCCGGCCGUGCUCGUCGUCACCUACGAGGGCGACCACCGCCACGACGGCGACGGCGACGGCGACGGCGGCGUUGGCGCUGGCGCUGCCCGCUCCCGCGCGGCGUGAAGAUCGUUUGCUUCCCGCCGUAGCAGUCAGUGUAGCAGCGGUAGUCAAGUCAAUCGAUACUAGUAGUAGACCUCUUGUUUCAUUUGUUCUUCGGAUUAGUGGUAGAUCGAGCUUUGCUCCUGUAAAAGGAAUUAAAGAGCAUUUAAACUUAAUCUCGCCAUGAACUUUCUCCAAA